CCUUCUUGGGGAAAAAAAAAAGAUACGUUAAGGUCUCCACCUUUUCAGUUGCAGCCAAUUCAACUGAGUUGAAACAAAUCUAACAAAUUCUAUUUCUUCUUUUCCAUGAGACGAGUCUUUGGCUGACUUUCUACAGUAUAUGCUGUGUAUUCAUAUCAACAGAUUAUUCAAGCUGUGACCAGAGAAGAUCAUCUGCAUUUAAAAUACAAUUUUUAAUCUGCAAUGUAAGCUGACAGUAGGAAUCAUCAGCCCGACACCAUCCCUAAUGCAAGAAAACAAAGCAAAUACUUCUGUCAAAAUUUGAAUGACCCAGUUUGGAGGCACUGGAUGGCAGAACUGCUGGAGGCUGAUCGCUUCUCUCUUUCAGUGCCUCAGUUUCCCAUCCUGGUGAGAAGACACAGAGCUGCCACAGCUGGUGCAGCAGUGCACAAAUAUCCCAUCAACAUGGCACACCAGCAACGCUCCUCAGGGUGAUGGGACUCUGAUGGGACUGAGCUUCACCUUCUGCACUUUCCUUACCAUUCUCUAUGGAGCCAGCAGAGGAACAAGAUGCAAGAAACCACACUCUGCUGACUGAAUUUGUCCUCUCUGGACUGUCCAGCCACCCAGAACUUCAGCACCUGCUGUUCUUCACAAUCUGCUUAGUUUACACCACGACUCUCAUUGGGAACCUUCUCAUCUGCAUGGUCACGGUGCACCCCACCCUCCACACGCCCAUGUACUUCUUCCUCCGCGUCCUGUCCUUCCUGGACAUUUCCACAGCAUCAGUGGUUGUCCCCAAGAUGCUGGUGACCUUCGUGUCAGAGGACAGGAGCAUCUCCUACAGGGGCUGUGUCACUCAGCUCUACUGCGUGGUUUUCCUGGCAUCCACGGAGUGGUAUCUGCUGGCAGCCAUGGCCUAUGACCGCUACGUGGCCAUCUGCAGCCCGCUGAGAUACGCUGCCAUCAUGAACACCCGGCUCUGCCUCUCCCUGGUGCUGCUGUGCUGCUGCAGCGGCAGCGUUGUGUCGGUGGUGCAGACAGCUUGGGUGUUCACCUUGUCCUUUUGUGAGCCCAGGAAGAUUGAUUAUUUCUUCUGUGACAUUCCCCCGCUGAUUGUGCUCUCCUGCACCGACACCUCGCUGUAUGAAAAGCAGAUCGUUUCAGCCACGGCGCUCGUCAUCUUUACGCCGUUCUGCCUCAUCCUGCUGUCCUAUGUCUGCAUCAUCUCCAGCAUCCUGAAGAUUUCCUCUGCAGAGAGCAGGCAUAAAACCUUCUCCACCUGCUCCUCACACCUUACUGUUGUCACGUUGUACUGUGCAAGUGGGACUUUGAUUUAUUUACAGCCAAAAUCCAGUAAUUCACAAGGUGCUAAGAAAAUCCUUGCUCUCAUAUACACAACUGUAAUUCCCACAUUAAACCCCCUGAUUUACAGUCUGAGGAACAAAGAAGUGAAAGAAGUACUAAUCAGAAUGGUGGCUGUGCUGAUGAAGAAAUAAAGAUUUUCUUGUCUGUGAAU